UGCGGGCAGGUGCGGGACCGGGACCAGGCUCUGGAGCGGCUGCGCGAUGACCGGCUGCGACUCCCGGAGCCAUAUGAGCGCGAGCGGGCAGGGCGCGAGCGGGCAGGGCGCAAGCGGGCAGAUGAGCGGUUCAUGGAGCUGGAGGAUGUGACGGAGCAGGAACGUAAGGCACAUUCAAUGGCUGUACACCAGUUAGAAGGCCAGAGCCGAGCCCUGGAGGGGAAAGCACGAAGCUACGCAGAUCAGGUGGCUAGCCUUGAAGAACAAAAAUCUUCACUGCUCAAGGAGCUUUCGAUUCUCAGUCAGAGCCACGCAAAGAUGGUGCAAAGCUACAAGGAACUGAGAUCACAAAGGGUAGCAUCAACUGGUCCAGGACAAACUGGCUCGGCAUCAGCAGAAGAGAAAAGGCUGAUGUCCCCACCAGUUCGUGUACCUCUACAGCUUCUGACAAGCACCUCAGACUUCAGGCCUCCUGAGUCUCCAGUGGAACAUGGAGAAAUGAAUGAACUUGCUCAUUCAGAGAAAACACCCCAGAAAGUUGCAGAAAGAAAUGCUUUUCCCUUGGCACAGGAAAUGGACAUCCAGCCGGAAAAGGAUGCUUCUCCUAGUCAGCAUUGCUUUGACUUGGAUGACCUUUUAAGCUCUACCCCAGAACUCAGAUCUGACCCCCAAAGGCAAAGCAGCCCCUUGAAUACCACCCUCGAGCGCAACACGGUCUCCCUUUUCGCCGAGGUUUCAGGCCUCAGCCCAGACCUCCUCACCGAUAUGGAUGAUGGUGCUGAUUUACAGGGGGAUGCCUUUGAAACCUUGAUAGCAGAAAAUGCUCAGCUUCAAGAGGCACGAAUCACUCUGGAUACAGCCCGCCGCCAUCUUAUUGAUCGUGUGGAGGAGCUCAGUGAAGAGCGUGAAUCUUUACGGAUGGAGCAUGAGAGAUCACUGGCCGACCUGCGUUGCUGCCAAGCACAGCUGAAAGAGGCUGAGUUGGAACUUCUUCGGAUCCGGCAGGAAUUUAAGGAAUCAAGGCGUUCCAGUGAAGAUGGAGAGGCUGAAGGGGGGAUGUCCCGAACCCAGCGGUUCACCCGGGCUGAGAUGGCACGCGUUGUGAUGGAGCGUAAUCUGUAUAAAGAGAGGCUGAUGGAACUACAGGAAGCAGUUCGACGCACUGAGCUUCUGAGGGCAUCACGCGAGGAACAAGCGAUUCAAAUGAAGAAAUCAUCGUUUUGGAAAAUUUUUGAUCGCCUAUUCAGCCCAUCAGAUUCUCCUGAGAGCACUGUUGCCUCCCCUCCGCCACCAGGGAGGGCCUGGCCCAGCCCCAGCUCCAGCAACCGCAGAGAUUCGGGACGGAACACCCUGAGGUUCAUCCCACGAGCAACCUCGCCCACUGAGGCUGAUGGCUCCCCACAGCAGAAGCGGCGAGAACUGUACUGUGAGAUCCGCUCACACAUCUGGCAGGAGCAUGGUCGGGCACAGAUCCAUGGGUGGAGCCAGCCACCUUCACUUCAGGGCCAUGACUUACCUUCAGGAACUGCUGAUGUGCCUGUUCUUGCGCAGCUGCGAAUGCUGGACCAGAAGGACCCCAGUACCAAGCUCUGGUGUGCUGCAGCAUCUGUUGGGGUGGAGCCUCAAGAAGCACCACAGGUUGGUAACCCCCAUUGUUGCUCCACCGGCAGCUCUCAGUUGUGGGUGGCUGCUGGGACCCACUCCGCCAGCGAAGUGACGCUCUUCGAUGCCCCCAAUACUAAUCAGCUCCUAGAACAUUUUGUGCUGCCUGGAAUUCACGUCCUCUCCAUUGCUUGUGUUCCUGGGCUGACAGUAUCUGUUGGUGAAAACCCAGUGGUGGAGCCAGAGAUCCUUGAAGACCCCUUGGCACCCAGAUCCGACAGCCAUGAAGAAGCAAGGGAAAUGGAGGCAGUUGGCACAGAACCCACUGUCUGGAUUGGGACCCAGGAAGGCUGUAUCUAUAUUCAUUGCGCUGCGACUGACUGGCGACGCUGCCAAGGCAAAGCAUGUUUGAAGGAGGCUGUCCAUUGUAUUGUGCAUACCCAAGGCCGCGUUGUAGCUGCCCUUGCUAAUGGAUCUCUAGCUAUAUUCCAUCGGAACGCAGAUCGAAACUGGGAUCUGCACUCGCCACGCCUGGUUGAACUGGGAAGGCCACGGCGCUCCAUUCGCUGCACCCUCCCUGUGCUUAACUGGCUCUGGUGUGGUUAUGGAAAUCGAAUCUAUGUGCUGGAUCCUCGUACUGCUCGCAUUCAGCGGUACUUUGAAGUGACUUCGCACCCUGAAAGCCACGUCCGGCACAUGGCAGCAGCUGGUGGUGGCAUCUGGGUUUCAGUCCGUCUGGAGACCACUCUGCGUCUUCUCCAUGCGGAGACAGGGCAGCCGCUGCAGGAAGUGGAGCUGGAACCUUUCAUCAGCCGUGUGCUUGGGCCCAGCAGCAUUAGUUUGGCCUUGAAUAUCUCUGCGCUCAGUGCUUUUGGAAAGCGACUGUGGGUUGGCACAUCCGGUGGCACCAUUAUAUCUGUGCCUUUUGUCUCUGAAUUUUCUGAAAGCUUGAAGACUUCUGCCUCUGCUGGUAUCCCUUAUUGUGCGAUGGAGCAAGCCCAGAUCAGCUACCAUGGGCACCGCGAUGCUGUCCGUUUCUUCGUCUCUGUCCCAGGCUGUGUGAACCCGCCUGCUUCAGAAAACCUCAAGGAUUCGCACAGCCAAGAGGAACCAAGCAAACCAUGCAGCUUGGUGCUAAGUGGAGGGGAAGGAUAUAUUAAUCUCCGUAUAGGAGACAACACAGAUAAGCACUAUGGGGACCUGCUACACCCGAACCCACGUCUCCGUCGAGCAGAGCGAAGCCAUCUCAUUGUCUGGCAGGUGCAGGCCUGAGGGGACAAGGAUGGGUGCAACGCUUGGGACACGUGCUUCCACCUGGGAGGGAAUGACACAGCUGCCAGAUGGGCACUGCCUUCCCAUCACUGUUUCCCAUUCUCUUCCCUUACUCAGGUCAUCCCUCUCUGGGGUUUUCAGGGUUGGGAUACACUUUUUACAUGUUGAGACUGGUGAUGGGAAAAAGCCAGUGGAGCACUGGGGUCUGUUUGGUGAACAGGCUUGGUGAGGAGAAGUGCCUCUGUUGCCUCCUCUGAUCCCCCCUUUGCUUUAUAUCAUCAUUUCCACGCUUUCAAACUGGAGCGAUGUGUUGGACAGCUCGUUGGUAUAUAGACUGAACCCCUUCAAAUCCUGCUGUUUUUGCUCAUGCCACCCUCUGUGUGCAAAGAAUAACAACGUACCUCUUGCUGGCCAGAUGCUUGGUAGCGGAUAGCCAUGAAUUGCCUAGUAACAAUAGGGACUGAAGGUAGGGCAUCAAAAUAAUUGGAGCUCCAAAUGCCCAAAACCAGGAACCUGGGAAAUGAUCUGGAAGAGAACCAGCACCCACAAUGGUAGAAGCAAAGGCCCUCUCCUUCCUUUCUGGCUCCCCCACUUGACUGUGAUCGCCAGAUGCUUUUCUAGUUCUAGUGAAUUUGGACGUUCAGGAACAGAACUGCUGAAGCUGGUUGAUGUGAACUGCUGCAUUACUUAAAGAGACCUCAAGGGGGAGCUUCCUUGCCUUUGCUCUGGAAUUACAACAGGGAUUGGUUGGUUCUUCUCCGCCCCCUUCGCCCCUUGGAGUUAACCAAAUCCUGCCUGGAACUCUGGAACAUUUGCUUCAGGGCACCACCGUGCUUUAAUUUCUCAGGGUUGCUGUAUGUUGUUUAUUGAACUCACCAGGGACUGAGUCUGUGGAAGGAACUCAGCCUCUAUCUUUGUGGGUUUCUCAAUAAAGCUAUUGUUCUUA